CAGACAGAUAGAGCGACGACGAGGUCGGUCAAAUGGCAUUGGAAACCGCACCUUCUCCCUCCCUUAAACCCCACGUCGAUGGCGGCAGCAAAUGUCCCCCGCACGGGCACGGCGGUGGCAACCGGCGGUGGGACAUGCUGACGCGUUUCCACGCCGGCUACUUCCGCAUCAGCCUGGCGCUCAGCGGGCAGGCGCUGCUGUGGCGCACGCUCAUCAGCAGCGACUCCUCCUCUACUACGGCGGCCACGGAGCCUCCCCUGCCCCUGCCCCUGCCCCUGCUGCUGCGCUCCCUGCCCUCCGUGGCCUUCCUUCUCCUCUGGUCGCUGGCGCUGCUCGCCCUCCUGGCGCUCGCCGCGCUCUACGCCGCGCGCUGCCUGCUCCGCUUCCCCGCCGUGCGCGCAGAGUUCCGGCACCACGUCGCCAUGAACUACCUGUUCGCGCCGUGGAUCUCGUGCCUGCUGCUCCUGCAGUCCGCGCCCUUCCUCUUCCUGCGGCCCAGCGCGCCGCCCUACCACAUGCUGUGGUGGGCCUUCUCGCUGCCCAUCCUGGCGCUGGACGUGAAGAUCUACGGGCAGUGGUUCACGCGCGGCAGGAAGUUCCUGUCCAUGGUGGCCAACCCGGCCAGCCACAUCACCGUCAUCGGCAACCUCGUCACGGCCAGGGCGGCGGCCAGGAUGGGCUGGCACGAGGCCGCCGUGGCCAUCUUCGCCGUCGGCGCCGCGCACUACCUGGUGCUCUUCGUCACGCUCUACCAGAGGUUUCUCGGCUCCGACUCGCUGCCGGCCAUGCUGCGCCCGGUCUUCUUCCUCUUCUUCGCCGCGCCAAGCAUGGCGUCCCUCGCCUGGGACGCCAUAUCCGCCUCCUUCGACACCUGCUGCAAGAUGCUCUUCUUCCUGUCCCUCUUCCUCUUCGCGUCCCUCGUUUCCCGGCCGACGCUGUUCAAGCGUUCCAUGCGUCGCUUCAGCGUUGCUUGGUGGGCCUACUCCUUCCCGCUGACGCUGCUAGCGCUGGCGUCGGCGGAGUACGCGCGGGAGGUGCGGCAGGCGGCGGCCAACGCGCUCAUGCUGGCGCUCGCCGUUCUGUCCGUGGCCGUCACCCUCGCGCUCAUGCUCUUCACCGCCCUGCGCACCGCCGACCUGUUGCCGCGCGACGACCCUUUCGACUGCCCGCCCCAGCGUCCUCCUCGUACCAGCUAUGCCUAGCACUAGCAGGCAUCUAUGAGCAUGUUUUUUUCUUCUAAGAAUCCGACUGUAAAAAGAAUAGCUGUGUGAUUAACUACUCUCUCUAUUCUAAGUCAUAAAUUUGAGAAUUUUUCUCUACCUCCAAAAUCAA